CACCCAAACACAUCGGCCGCUUCUGUCACUCAAGUCCUCCAUCUCCUCUCCUCUUCCUCACCCCAAACCCUAGCGCCCCAUAGCGCGCGUCGCUACCGCCGCUCCUCCAUACUGCCGUCUAGGUGCGGAAUUAGAGCUGCCCAUGCCCAACGGCGAGCCCGCCCCCGGCGAUGGCCAGACCGAGGCCGCCGUUACUGUCGAUUCCGUGAAGGAUUCGGCAAAUCCCGAAAGCGCGGAGGCGGACGUGGAGGUGGAGGAACAGGGGGAGGACGACGCCAUGGUGGAUGCCGACGCCGACGCCGACGCCGUUGGUUCUACCAAGAAUUCGGCGGUGCUUGAAGAAGAGGGUGCCGAGGAAGUGGGGGAGGAGCACAAGGGCGACGCCCUAGUGGAUGCGGCUGCCACCACCGUUGCGUCCCUUGACGAUUCGGGGAAGGUUGAAGCCCAAGGUGCGGAGGAAGAGGUAGAGGAGCGUUUAGGCGAUACCCUGGUGGAUGUUUCUGUGGCUCAUCAGGUCAAGACUGAGGCCCAGGGAAAUGAGGGGGCGGAGACGGAGGGUGAGGCCCAGGGAAAUGAGGUGGUGGAGACCAAGGUCGAGGCCCAGGGAGAGGAGGGGGCUGAGUUGAAGGAUGACACCCAGGGAAAUGAAGCUGCCGAGAUGGAUGUUGAUAAAGCAGGAAAUGGAGAUGAGCACACCGAGGCCAGGGUGGAUGGUGACAAGGGCAGCUUGCUGAAAGAGGAAAUCGACAAUGGUGGAGAUGAUAAGAAGGAUGCCAAUGGUGAGGAUGAGCUAGUGUCGUCACUAGCUGGGGAGGGUGAAAACCAAAACUUGUCUGACAAGGUCUCAAACAACUCCUUCAUGUUUGAUUACACCCGUGGAGGCGAUGACUCUGGGACGGAGGAGGAGCAGGCUGAGUUUAUCAAGGAGCUUGACCGGUUCUACACGAUGAAAUUAAUGGAAUUCAAGCCCCCAAAAUUUUAUGGUGAAGGAUUGAAUUGCCUCAAGUUGUGGAGACAAGUAACUGGAUUGGGUGGCUAUGAUCAGGUGACAUCAUGCAAACUAUGGCGUCAAGUGGGAGAAUCAUUCAAACCUCCGAAGACAUGCACAACUGUUUCAUGGACCUUCCGCAACUUCUAUGAGAAGGCACUCCUUGAAUACGAGAAACACAAGAUUGAAACUGGCGAGUUCCAUGUGGCUGCAUCUACUUUAACCGAGCGAAUUGCUUCUGAUAGUCAGGUGGGUGGAAGCCUUGCAUCAGGAUCUGGAAGAGCUAGAAGAGAAUCUGCAACUCGCGCCAUGCAAGGCUGGCAUUCGCAGCGCUUGCUUGGCAAUGGUGAAAUUGCUGAUCCAGUAAUUAAGGAUAAAGCAGCUAUGCCUGUCUUGAAGAAGGACAAAAAUCCAAAAAGCAGUGGUCUGGCCAAGAGGAAAAGGACACCAACCUUGGAAGAUGAAAAGGCAACACCAUACAAAUCUGAGAAGCUACAAAAUGACUCGACAGUUAUUGACAUGGGCCCUCCUGCUGAUUGGGUGAAGAUAAAUGUUCGGAGAACUAAAGAUUGCUAUGAAGUCUAUGCAUUGGUUCCUGGCCUUCUUCGUGAAGAGGUACAUGUUCAGUCAGAUCCUGCUGGCCGCUUGAUAGUUACGGGAGAGCCUGAGCAACUAGAUAAUCCUUGGGGUGUUACUCCAUUCAAGAAGGUCAUUAGUUUGCCCUCCCGCAUCGAUCCUCACCAAACCUCAGCAGUUGUCACUCUCCAUGGGCAAUUAUUUGUUCGUGCACCGUUUGAGCAGUCAAAAUCAUGACACUCUACUUGACUAAGCAGAAUAAUACAUGUUGCCUUGCUGGUGGGAUCGUAGGAUGGUUGCAGGUUGCCCACCCUGAUCUUUGUUCGUCUAGUUCGUUGCUGCUUCAAGGCUCUUCAGCGGUGCUGUAUGUUCUGUGUAUUGAUUAAUUCUAACUAAUUAGAUGGCUUAGUACUGUGCAUUGCCUGUGACAUUUAGCGUAAGUUCCACCCUCCAAGCUUGUAGCCUAGGUUCCUGAUGCUCAAAUGUUCAUGGUUUAUUCGUUCCCUUUUCCAUUUAGCCAUCAAAGGAUAAUGAUUUGUAGCGUUGUAGCUUUAUUAUUCCUAAUACUUGAAUCUGUCAUCAUACUUGCGGACAUAGAUGCGGAUGAAAUUCGGGGUAUGUCAUGUAACUGUUGCUGUUAUACAAAACCAUUGCAUUC